GUCUGUUGGAAUCAUUAGCAGUUUGCUCGUCGACUUGAACGGUUCGUCGUGGUGCUCUCUACCCUACAUCGAAACCGCGGAUUCCGUGAACCAGCCUGACUGGUUCGGUGUGCUUGUGAGACGUGUAAUAGCUCUGUGUAGUAUUAUAGUCGUUAGCUGGCUACCUCCCCAUCAAUACUUGCUUAGUGGCCGCGACGACAUAUAAGAAUAAGGUGACGGCAGGGUGUGGUGAUUUGAGUUUCUUACUGAAGAGUCGCAAGAUUUUGAAGAUUUUAGGCAAGAUUUAGAUUGCUGGAUUAUUGAAGAUUAGGAAAAACGGUUUUUUAUGUCCAAGUGAACCUUAGAAAAGUGAAGUGAAAAUGGGUCGUGCUAAGUUGAACGCGUUUGCGUUGGUUGGCGUGCUGCUGCCACUUGUUUGCGUUGCCCAGAGAACUCCGUCCAUAUCGUAUAUUACUCAAGAACAGAUUAAGGACAUUGGCGGUACGGUUGAGCUGGAAUGUUCCGUCCAGUAUGCCAAAGAGUAUUCCGUCCAUUGGAUCAAAACGGGCCGGGAUCGGUCCGAUGUAGUGUUUCUCUCGACGGGCAGCGCCCUAGUUCUCAAGGACUCCCGUUUCUCGCUCCGAUAUGAUCCGUCAUCGUCCAGUUACAUCCUUCAGGUUAAGGAUAUCCAGGAAACCGAUGCCGGAAUCUACCAGUGCCAGGUUGUGCUCUCGGUGACCAACAAAAUCACUGCCGACGUUGAACUUCAGGUUCGUCGUCCACCCAUCAUCUCCGACAACUCCACCCAAUCGCUGGUUGUGUCCGAAGGGCAGUCCGUCCAGAUGGAAUGCUACGCCUCGGGCUAUCCACCACCACAGAUUACCUGGCGUCGCGAGAACAACGCUAUCUUGCCAACAGGUGGCGCAAUCUACACCGGCAACGUCAUGAAGAUCAACUCCGUCCAGAAGGAGGACCGUGGCACGUAUUACUGUGUGGCAGAUAACGGCGUCAGCAAGGGAGACCGACGAAACAUCAAUCUGGAAGUGGAGUUCUCCCCGGUUAUCAGCGUUCCCCGACCACGUCUCGGCCAGGCCCUGCAGUACGACAUGGAUCUGGAGUGCCACGUGGAGGCCUACCCGUCGCCUGCCAUCGUGUGGGUCAAGGACGAUGUUCAGCUGUCCAACAACCAGCACUACGGUAUCUCCCUGUUUGCCACCGCGGAUGAGUUCACCGAUACGACCCUCCGAGUGAUCACCAUCGAGAAGCGCCAAUACGGAGAAUACUACUGCCGGGCGAUCAACAAGCUUGGCCAAGCCGAAGCCAAGGUGGAACUGUUCGAGACGGUCAUUCCGGUGUGCCCACCGGCUUGCGGCCAGUCGUACUACGGAGGCGAUGCCAGCGCGGUGUCCGUGUCGAGCUUCCUGCUAGUGGUCACCGCAUUGGCCACGCUGUUCUAGACGGUGUCACCCCUCUCGACUAUUCGAUGCUAAUGCUAACUUUUAGAAAAGCGGUACUGCGCGGUUGACCACGCCCCGCUCGAAGGAUCACAACGAUAGUGCGCGAGAGAUAGGACAUGUUUUUAGGGGUCACAAUCCAAUUAGAAUCGAUUGUAAUUGGAAGUGGUGAUUCCCUGUGGGAAAUGGGAAGUCUCAGUUCAGAAGCAAUGUUCAGUGGGAUUAGAUUCUGCUGAUUGGAAAACUAACGAAAAAUUCAACAUUCCAUCAAAAAAGUGGAAGUGAGCGACAAAAAGGUCGUCCAUUUUCAUUGCGAUAAAUUGUAAAAUAAACGAUAAAGAUGUUUAGCAUAGGGCUAUUAAGAUAAACUAUGAAUCUUCAAACACUGUAGCAUUAAAUUAGAAACGACUAGUAAUGGAAGGAAUCGGCGAGAAGAAAAAAUGCGAGUAGGAAUUAUAAAACCUUAAGUUUGUCUACCUUCCAGCGCAAAGAUAACGGAAAGACUAUUCAAGAAACUCAUGUAAUCUCCAAUUUUAGUGGAACCUAGUGCCGUCCAAGCUAAAGAUUACCCCCUAUUCAUUUUACCUCAUCUAGAAGGUAUCCGUCAUCAGUUAACAGCCUGAUUCACAAUUAAUUUUAAAUAGUUUCUUUAACUGUUUUGGUCAUACUCUACUCAAUCAUGCGGGAGAACUUCCAGAAUGGCAAUAGCAUUUAUUGGGGAUCAGACAAAAAAAAAUGUGCAGAAGAUAAUCAGCACAAACAGUAAUCAACAAUGUAAAGUCAAAUGGUUUAUGAGAUAGCUAAUCGAUGGUUUUAAACAGAAGAUCUAAUAAAAAAUAUAGUAACGUGUAGCUCUGUCGGAAAAAUAAAAGAGUUUUUAAUAAA